AAGAAGACUGUGAAGCUUGAUUCGAACAAAAAGCAAGUCUCCCCUCUAUCUAUCUAGGGUUCCCCAUGGCCGGCGCCGGAAUCCACCCGUACCAUCAGCAGUGGCCGCCGGCAGCGGCGCCGAUGCCUCCCCCACCUGCCUCCAUCGCCGCUCCGCCGCCGGUACAUCAUCAUCCUCCGCCUCCCGGUCUACUUGACAGCCAUAAUUGUCCUCCAUAUGAGUCAUAUGACGAGCUUCGGACAAUCUUCAUAGCAGGGCUUCCUGAUGAUGUAAAAGAGAGAGAGCUUCUGAAUCUUUUAAGAUGGUUACCGGGUUAUGAAGCUUCUCAGGUGAACUUUAAGGGAGAAAAGCCCAUGGGUUUUGCUCUGUUUUCCACAGGACCACUUGCAGUUGCGGCCAGGGAUACACUUCAGGAUCUGGUGUUUGAUACGGAUUCAAAUUCUGUGUUACAUACCGAAAUGGCCAAGAAAAAUCUGUUUGUUAAGAGAGGAAUCGUAGUGGAUUCAAAUGCUUAUGAUCAGAGUAAGCGCCUACGAACCGGUGGUGACUACACUCACUCUGGUUAUAGUUCGUCUCCCUACCACCACCAUCCACCUCCUCCAGUAUGGGGACUGCCUCAUGGGUAUAUAGCUCCUGCCCCUCCACCUCCACCAUAUGACCCCUAUGCAGGGUAUCAUGUUCCUCCUGUACCAAUGCAUGCACCAACUCCUAUAACAGCUCCUAGUUCAUAUGUGCCUGUCCAGAAUAUUAAAGAUAACCCUCCUUGCAAUACCCUGUUUAUUGGUAAUCUUGGUGAGAAUAUAAAUGAGGAAGAAUUGAGGAGCCUGUUCAGUGCGCAACCUGGUUACAAACAAAUGAAAGUACUGAGACAGGAAAGGCAUACAGUUUGUUUUAUUGAAUUCGAGGAUGUCAAUAGUGCUACAAAUGUUCACCAUAAUUUGCAAGGUGCUGUUAUUCCAAGUUCUGGUUCAGUUGGCAUGCGGAUUCAAUAUUCAAAGAAUCCAUUUGGGAAGAGGAAGGAAGGCAGCCAUCCGGUUCCUCCAUCACCAAGCACUAAUGGAGCUUCCCCGGCCUUGUCUUAGCAGUAACCUGAAGGGGAUGUAUUCUCUUCUUUGAUCUUCCAGCAACUGCACAAUAGGAUGCAUCAUGCAGGGGGGCCACAUGCAUCCAUCUCAUUGCCAACAUUCACAUCAGCAUUUGCUUCUCAUCAUGUGAUGGAUGCAUAUAGUGAUCCCAUCAACAUAACAUGUGUGAGUGUGUUUCUAUUAGCUUUUGUUGCACAUGCAUUCCCAGUGUAGUUUAUGAUGUCUGUUUAACUAUCUAGUAGCUCUUCUUGUCUUCUCUUUCGGGUUUUUCAAUGCAUUUCCUCUUGGUUUCCUUGGGAUUCAUUUGCUCAUUCUGACAAUGGUAUUGAUGGGGGCACCCUGGGUUUGCAUAAUCCCGACAAGAUUCCUUGUGUAAGUUAUUAUAUCUAGGCAAUAUCACUACAUAACAUUAACAUGUGGGCUUUCUGGAACGUGGUGUAUCAAUUUCGGGUCAUCAUUUUUCAGCAUACCCAUUUCCAUAAUUACAUGUUUUGGCUUAGGCUGAUAUGGAAAUGGUCAAUGUAGACAACUGAUGGAUCUUUAGAGGUUAGCAUUCCACGGCAUAAUAGGAUGUAGUUCAGCGAAAAACAAGAGACAUGUCCCGAUGUUGUCCUAAUGCAGGGAUUGAUGUGAAGAAAGCCAUAGCUAACUCUGGUAAGGUUAUCAGGUCAGUCUUCUUUUUCAGGGACAACAGAAGCUCUUACAGUUGAGGCUGCUGAUUUUUUUUUUCCCUUGUCUAACUGACAUUUUUUGAGUGUUAGUUUCAGUGUGUUGAUCUUUGAAGGUACUUGGUUUCUGUAUUCUUGUUCAUACUCUGUCCUGUGUAAUACAGAUGAUAGCCUGAAGACAGACUAGGACUCUGCUUUCCUUCA